AUGGCGACAAUAGGAGAGGGCGUGGCCACCCAUGUCGCGGAAUCAUCGGUAGAUAAAGCAAUGAAGGAACUCAAAUACUUGUGUCGUUACAAGACCUAUGUCGAUGACUUCGAAGAGGAGAAGAAAAGUUUGAGUGCAAGAAGAAACACGGUGCUCAAGAAUAUUGAAGAAGCCAACCACAGAAAUGAAAAUCAGUACAAGCGAGGGAAGGAGCUGGAAGGGAAGACACAAACGAUUAAACAGCUACUGUUGAAACAGAGUGACUUCUCUCGUGUUGCUCGUUCAACUGGGCUUCCAGGCAUCGAGUUCUAUUCUUCUCCAAAUUUUAUGACUUUCGAGGAUAGAAAGUUGAUCUCUGAGGAGCUGAAGGAGAAGUUGAAGGAGGCAUUGAAAGAUGACAAUAGGUUUACGAUUGGAUUGUAUGGGCUAGGCGGAACAGGGAAAACCACAAUGGCAAUAGAAGUAGGUAAAGAUGUUGAGAAAUCAAAGUUGUUUGAUAAAGUCAUCUUCAGUGUUGUUUCAAAGGAUGCAAACUUGAAAAAUAUUCGGGACAACAUUGCAAAACACUUUGAUCCGUCUUUAACUGAAGGAAUGGAUGAAUUAGAACAAGCACAAAAAUUAUGGAAAACAAUAGCAGAAGGUGGAAAAAAGGUACUUAUAAUAUUAGAUGACAUGUGGGAAAAGCUUACACUGCGAGAUAUAGGGAUUCCUCUUGGCCGCCAUGGCAAGGGUUGUUGUGCUGUUUUGCUGACCACACGUGAUCGAAGAGUUUGUAUAGAUAUGGACUGCAAUGCGCCUAGUCAACUUGAGGUCCUGAAAGAAAAGGACGCGGUUGAUCUUUUCCUAUCUUAUGCUGGCAUGAGAAUAGAUGGUACUUCCACUGAUUUUAAGGAUGUGGCUAGAGAUAUUGUGAAGGAGUGUGGAAGUUUACCAAUUGUAAUUGUAGCAGUGGCAAGUGCACUAAAGUCUAGGCCUUUACCAGAAUGGCGGGAUAGUUUGAAAAGAUUGCAGAAUCAUGAGGGAAUUCACGAUGUUAAAGAAGAGUUAAAACAGGCUUAUAACUCUCUGAGAUUAAGCUAUGAUUAUCUCAAGAAUGAAAAGGCCAAACAACUCUUUCUUCUCUGCUCUCUCUUCCCUGAAGAUUAUGAAAUACCUAUAGAAUUUUUAACUAGAAUUGCUAUAGGUCUUGGGCUUUGUGAAGAAGCAGACAAAUACUCUGUUGCAAGAAGUUUUUUCACUCCAAUUAAAAAUGUGCUCAUAGAUUCUUGUUUAUUAUUAAAGGUUGAGAAUGAGUGUGUCAAAAUGCACGACUUGGUUCGGGAGGUAGCUUUAUGGAUUGGAAACAAACAGGUUCAAGUGGGCUUUAAUUCUAACUCAGCUUUAAUGGAAAACAUCCAAUAUUCAUCUUGGAACAUAGUUGACUUUCCGAGUCAUUUUGAUGGCAAAAAACUUGAGGUUCUUUUACUUUGGAUAAAUGAUGCAAAUUCUCCUAGGGUCAAAGUUCCCGAUGCUCCCUUUGAAGGGAUGGAGAACCUUAAGAUUUUGGCUUUAAUGAGUUCGUCAGAUUUGGAAACUUCAGCUGCUUCCUUAUUUCAAUCACCUUUGUCAUUGACAAAUGUUCGAACUUUAGCUCUAAAGAAUUUUAAGUCAUUAGGAGAUAUAUCUAUUUUGGUAAAUCUAAAAAACCUUGAGAGCCUUGAAUUGAACAAAUGUUCAAUUACUGAAUUGCCAAAUAAAAUUAAAGAACUCGAAAGAUUGAGAUUGUUGGAGAUGGUAGACUGUUCUAUUACUGAAAGAAGUAAUCCUUUUGAAGUGAUUGGAAAUUGCUCACAGUUAGAGGAGUUGUAUUAUGUGUCAAAUCAUGUGGCCGGCUAUUGCGGGCAAAUCACCACACUUCCUACAUUGCAAAAGUAUCAUAUAAGGGGUUGGCAUGGUUUUGAUUUUUAUAAAGUGGAUUUUUCAGUAUCUAGAUAUUUUGAUUCACAGGACUUAAGAGUAGACUUCUCCAAGGAAAUAUUUAAACUCUUGGUGGCGGGAGCAGAAACUUUGAUGUUAGGAGAAGAUUACUACAACAGAGGAUGGACAAAUAUUGUUCCUGACAUAUUAUCUGUGGAAGAUGACAACAUGAAAGAUCAAUUAGCUAGGCUCUCUUUGCAUUCUAUGAAUGAGAUAAAGUGCCUAAUCCAUACCGAGAAUCUCCGACCUUGUGUGGCUAUCUUUUCCAAAUUGGUUGAACUGAAGCUUAAUUUUGUGGAUGUGAGAGAACUAUGCCAUGGGCCUUAUCCUGUUGACUUUUUGAAGCAACUAAAGGAGCUGCAUUUAUCUAGAUGUGAAAAAUUGGAAGGCGCAUUAUUUGAUGGCAAGUUAGAGCUGUGUAAUCUUAAGUCCAUAUAUUUAGAUGGAUGUUCAAUGACAUGCCUUUUUCAUGCAUCAACAGCACAGAGUCUAAAGCAGUUGGAAACAUUAGAUAUUAUACGAUGUUUGAAGUUGAAAUACAUAGUAGCAGAGACUAUGGAUGAUCAGGAUCCUAAUCAAAAGAGUCAUGACUCAAUGUUGCCAAAAUUGAAAUAUCUCAUGAUCCACUACUGUGCUGAAUUAGAAUUUAUAUUGCCAAUAUGUUUUUGCGAAGACCUUCCACUACUAGAAAGUAUGUGGAUUGAAGGUUGUGAGAAACUAAAAUACGUAUUUGGGCAAUAUCCAGACCACAUAGAUUUGCACCAAAUGGGGAAAGAAGCCAUCCUCCAGUUGCUAGAAGACUUGAGAAUUGAUGAGGUACCGAAUUUCAUCAACAUAUAUGCAAAAUGUUAUCUCCCACGGCCUUGUUCUGAUGAAGUUCAAAAGUCAUCUCCAAGUGCAAAAGUAGACAGCAGUAGCAGUCUACCAAGGGGUCAUCUAUGUUGUUUUUGGGCAAAAUCAAAAGCCUCAACUAUACAUCACACUUCUGCUCCCAUGGACACUCAAUCGAACCAUAAUCAGGGAUUAAAGGUGAAAUAUGUUGUCAACAGAGCUCAUGGUUUUUUCACGCCACCAUUAUACCCAUAUAGAAGUUUGAGAGGGAUAAGGAUAAGUGGAUUUUCUGAGUUAAAGUCACUCUUUACGCCAUCCAUUGUCUCAUCAUUGAAAUUGCUGGAAUGGUUGGCAGUUGGAUAUUGCGAUGCACUAGAGCACAUAGUAACAGAUGAGGGGCAUGGUCAUGAUCGUGGGAAUGUUAACUCUAUUUUCCCAAACUUAUGGGAGGUUUAUGUCUAUGGCUGUAGCCGCUUGGAAUACAUAUUCCCAGCUUUUUAUUCAAAAGACUUCAAGCAUUUAGAAUCUGUGGAGAUCACCAAGGCUGGAAUGUUGACACAUGUCUUUGGAGAAUGCCGUGCUGAUGAGAAUCUCAAUGUUCAGGUUGAUAUUAAUCUCCCAGCUCUGAAAAGGCUAGACCUUGAUGAUUUACCAAAUAUGGUUGGCAUUUGUGCUAAAAACUAUGAUGUGAAGGAACUAUAUCUAGAGACAUUAGUUGAAUAA